AUCAAAACUGGCAAGAAAAGAAGACUCCAGACCAUAUACAAAAAAUGAACACGUCAUCAUAAUACACGACUGAUCGAAAAUGACACAACUGAUUAGUUUCAAUAUUUUAUUCUAGUACUGAACAUUACGAGACAAUCAAUUUCCAUAUUUUGCUCAUCGUCACUUAAGUGGUUGUUUAUUCUUUCAUCAACCGCCUACAAUAUUGCCUACGGCAAUACUGUCAUUCACAAUCAUUAUCCCUCUCAUCAACUCUUUUUUCUUCUUCUCCUUGUCGUCUUUCACGGGACCUUCAUCUCUAUUCGCCGACUCCGCCCCCUUCCGAUGCCGUCUGAAGCUCCACCCAUUGUGCUCCUAUGGGAGCACCAUAUUACCGUGUUAGCUCAUUUACACGAGAAUCUUACCUCCCGUAAAAUAAUCUUCAAACUUAUUUGAAAAUGAUAACUCCUGUAUCAAGUUUUUCAAUUGAUGAUCUUCUUCGUGGGCAUUCAAACGAAAUUCAAAGAAUUCUGAAGCUUGAUCAAACAUCGCCCACUCCCCAAUCAAGUUCAGAUGAGGGAUCAGAAAAAUCAUCGAUAUCCGUAAUGUCAGUUCCAUUGACAAAUGAAUUAACUCCCACAAUCACUCCUGCUCUUUCUGAUCAGCUUUGGCUUGCAGCAGCAGCGUUUCCAAUAGAACAUAGUCUCUUGUUGGCUCAACGAAAUGGAGUUUUUCCUGGAUUCUGGUCAACAGCUGAUCAGAUUCGAUUGUCAAAUGCAACUAAAGCGUAUAGAAGAUUGAGUUCGCGAAGAAAAGCAAGAACAGUGUUCAGUGAUCAGCAACUACAAGGAUUGGAACGAAGAUUUGAAUCCCAAAGAUAUCUGAGUACUCCUGAGAGAAUUGAAUUGGCAAAUGCUCUCAAUUUGAGUGAAACUCAAGUUAAAACAUGGUUUCAAAACCGACGAAUGAAGCACAAGAAAGUUGUCAGAAAAGAUGAUAAUAGUGUGGAUGACGACAAUGGAAAUGAUAAUGAGAGCGAAUAAGUAUAUAUAUAUUUACCGGUAGAUUGUCUUUUCUCUAUGAAUAUUUAUUUAAAGAAUAUUGAUGUAUUAUAUUAUUGCAUGUCCAAAUAAAGUCAAAUUUC